AUGCCACCCAGAACGAGGCCCAAUUAUUCAGAUGACGAGACCAUAGUUGAGGAAAAGCCAAUAGUGAAGAAAGUUCCAACCUUUAAAAACAAUGCGUUAGAAAAAAUGCAAUCCAAAUCAUCCACAUCAUAUCCCCUUGCUGAUGAGAAAGAGCCGUCUAUCGAAAAAGUGCCUGUGGAUGACUCUGCCUCAGGGAAUAGAUUCGACAAAUACAGGGAAGAAUUAAAACGGGAAAAAAGAGAAGAAUACGAGACCCCGCACGACAGGGAUUCCAGGGCUAUUUUAAUGAAAAGGCACAAACUUAACAAGGUUUUGACAGGAAAAGAGGAUGUUUAUCUCGGUGCUAAUUACUACAAAUCCUAUCUCUCCAAGGAAGAUACGGUUGCCGGAAAUGCCACGUCACAGAAAUACAAAUUUGAUUUUCGACCUGAUGUUUGCAAGGAUUACAAGGAAACCGGCUCGUGCGGGUUUGGGGACUCGUGCAUAUAUAUACACGAUCGCAGCGAUUAUAAAAGCGGUUGGCAGCUUGAGGAAGAGUGGACCCCUACUCUCCCCGAACUCAAAGCCCCCAAUAUGGACACGCUUCAAAAGCCAGAAGAAGCUUGCAAAAAGGGAUCUCCGACAGAAUGCCCUAUUUGUAAUGGCCCUUUAAAGGACCCGGUUGUGACAAAGUAA